AUGCAGCGCACUCCUCGACCUCAUAUCGAUACCCAAGCUCGGCCACCCCAGCGCCAGCCAUCCUCUCCUGAGUGGUCAGGGUCGAUUCAAGUCACACCACCUCCCUACACUGAGGAUGAUGAUGAUCUCGAUCCAAGCCAAACACCGCGACCCAGAACCCAUUCGCUGAAUUCCCAGAAUGCGCCUCUCCGUGCUGUCAGCGCCUCUGUAGCCACUAUGCAUAUGCCAUUCCCAGAGCCUCAGAUUUACCGGUCCAUAUCUGCGUCGGCCUCAAAUCAAUCUCUCGGUCACCGCUACACUCGGAGUGAUCAGGGUCAAUCGCCUCUUCGUCUUCAACGGGACCCCAGUAUGACUAGCGUAAUGACCACAACAUCCGCGUACUACUCAAAUGAAGAUAACGACUUUUAUGCGACAGCAUCGGUGGAUUCUCAUGGGGACUCGGCCGAGGAAACGGAAGAUAUUUCUCGUGGAUUCUCGCAGCUCUCGCUCCAGUCUGAGGAAGGACUUCGAGGAUUCCAAAGCGGAAAGUUGGCGGAAAAGGAUGAAGAGUGGCAUAAACUUGUCCCUCCAGAAACCUUGAAUAUGUUGGGGAAGCGGGAGGUGCAACGGCAAUCGGUCAUCUUCGAGGUUUUCAAAUCUGAGAGGGAAUAUGUUGCUGAUCUAGAGGCCAUUGAACAAGUUUGUAUACGCGCCCUUCGUACCGCUUCGCCACCAAUCAUUCGAGAAUCUCUACUGAACAAAUUCGUGACCGAGGUUUUUGGCAAUCUAGCAGAAAUCACGGCCCACCACCAACGAAUGUUGGCAGCGCUAUUUGCCCGUCAACGUGAGCAGCAUCCGGUUGUCCAAAGCAUUUCCGAUAUACUACUGGACACCGCACUGAAAGAAGAUUUUCGUGCAAGCUACGAGACUUACAUCAAAGCAUACCCUCUUGCUGAGUCUAGGCAUCGGAAGGAGAUCAAGCAAAAUACGGAAUACCAGGCCUUCAUCCAGUCGGUUUCGUCGGACCGUCGCAUCCGAAAACGUGACCUCACCACUUUCCUCUCGCGCCCCGUCACUCGCUUGCCCAGAUUAAACCUUCUGCUAGAGCAGAUACUCAAACUUACGGACGAUGGACAUCCCGACAAGGAGAUUUUACCUAUCAUUCUAGAUAUACUCACCAGCAGCGUUAAGAGCGCCCAGCCUGGAAUCGAAGCAGCCGAAAACAAGGUCAAGUUUUUUGAGUUGAUUCAAAGCCUCGUAUUCCAGCGAGGGGAAUUAAUCGACAUGGAUCUCUAUGCAGAUACCAGGAAUUUGUAUCGUCAAGCUCCUGUUGCGCGUUGGACUCGGGGAGAGGCCGGACUUUCCACUUGGACGAAUCUUUGCGCCGCUCUACUAGAUAAUUAUUUUAUCCUGACUAAUGAAGAAACACGCCCCAAUGGCGUAAUCAAACGAUACCUUGUCUCCAGACCAAUACCACUAUCAUAUCUACGCCUCGGAUCAUUCAAUUCACCUGCUGAGACUCGACGAGAUGGAUUGAAAUCACGACCAGUGUACCCAUUCGUUAUCUACCAUGCAGCCAGCAAAAUGAGGCGUUACACACUUUAUGUGGAAACAGAGGCGGAGCGAACAAAGUGGCAUCAAGUGUUCCAACCAGCUCUUGGACUGCAUCAAGCGAGGCAAGAGGCAAACAUGGCAACAGCAAAGUACUUUGAGCCGCACGUCAUCACAGAUAAUUUCUUCCGAGUACCAACUGUCCGCGUUAAAGCAUCCAAACCUACUGGCAGGGUAACAAGCGCAACUCCAUUCACGACGGGUGGUCGCAAAUUUCUCGCCGUUGGCUGUUUUUCUGGAAUAUUUGCGGGGCACUGGGAAGAAGAAAAAUUCUACAAGGCAUUGCCCUCGUCAAACCCCACCACUCUGUUUGCGCUGGAAACCAUCUCCACGCGGCCUUUCAAUCGAUUUGUCGUCCAACAUGAUUCCACGCUCAUGUCCUACGCGCAAGAUCUUCUUGGACAAGUGGCCCUAGCCAAACUAGAUCCCAAAAAGUUCCAAGCAUCCUGUGAGAAACAUGACAGUAGCAAUGUGUUGUUCUCCAGGGUGAUGAGGGUUGGCAAGCGAGUCCUAAUUGUUUAUGCGUCAAGACGAAUGUUUCAAAGCUCGCUCGACCUUCAUGUCCUCGAAGCUGUUGACCACACUGAAGCAGCAAUAUCACCAAAACGCUCCAAAGGCUCAUCUGCAAGAUAUUUCCGGCCGUUUGGUGAUCCAGGUUUUGUGGCCAAAGAGGCACAUGACAUCACGCCGCUUGUGAAAACUAUCGCCAUCUCGACAAGCGACCGUAUUGUUAUUCUCGACCCUACCAAUCUUACCCGAUCCGCAAUCACAUUCGUGCCAGACUUUGACGAAAGCAACUAUACUGCCGCCGGCGCUGCUAUGGUUGCUCUGAGGAAGCGUCUGGAGGAGACAAGACCACUGGGUCUUUUACGGUGCAGUUCAACCGAACUUCUUGUUGUGUACGAGACAAUGGGUUGUUAUGUUACUCGCCAUGGAAUUCCCACGAGAAGCAGUGGCUUUAUCCGCUGGGAAUCAAAAGCGACUGCAUUUACAUCGCGCGGGGGCCAUGUCCUCUUAUUUUCUCCCGGUUUCAUCGAAAUCCGCAAUGUUUUGACUGGACUGCUUGAGCAGGUGAUUGAGGGUCAGGACAUUCGGCUAUUGCACUCGUCGGACGAUGCGAUUCUAGUCGCCAUGAGGGGGAAACACGACGAUGAGGGUGGGGCGAGUGAGCAGAUCGUUGAUCUAAGAGAGACCACUGAAAUUAGUGUACCACAAGCAGCGAUGCCUGUACCUUCUAUGUGGGAUGAGUGGGACAUGUAA